AUGGCUCAGUUUACCAGACCUAUACAAUUGCCUAAAAUUGAUCUUAUUUUAUCCUCUGAUGCUAGUCUUCAAGGAUGGGGUGGCACUGACGGAAACUCUCAAAUAGGGGGGCGUUGGUCUGAAGGAGAAUUACCUGAGCAUAUCAAUACUUUAGAGUUGUUAGCUGCAUUUUUUACACUCAAAGCCUUCUUGAAAAUAAGACAUUAUAGACAUGUUCAGUUAAGAUUGGAUAACACCACAGCUGUGGCCUACAUAACAAAGAUGGGGGGCCUUCACUCCAUUGCUUGUAAUAAAUUGGCUGUUGAAAUAUGGGAUUUUGCUAGAACAUGUGAUGUUUGGUUAUCAGCUUGUCAUAUACCUGGUGUAUUAAAUACUAUAGCUGAUUAUAAAUCAAGACAAUUUCAGGAUAACAUUGAAUGGUCCUUGAAUGUAAAACAAUUUAACAUAAUUUCCGACAUUUUUUGGAAAUUUGAUAUUGACCUUUUUGCAUCCAGACUCAAUGCAAAAUGUGAGGAUUAUUUUUCUUUAAGACCUGAUCCAGAUGCUAAAGCUGUAAAUGCCUUCGCUCAGACCUGGUCGAAUUUAAACUUUUAUGCCUUCCCACCAUUUAAUUUGAUUGGAAAAGUUCUUGCAAAGAUAAAUAUAGAUCAAGCCACAGGCAUUCUUGUAGUUCCUUUCUGGUCUUCGCAGCUUUGGUUUCCUCAAGCAAUUAAUAUGUUAUACAGGACACCUGUGUUAUUUCCUCCUUCAUCUAAAUUAUUGUUUCUACCGGGAACAAAAAGACAACAUCCUCUACACCAAACCUUGUCGCUGCUCAUGCUGCCUGUCUCCGGGAAUCGUUACAAGGUAAAGAGCUUCCAUCAGACACUGUCGAUAUCAUUGCAGCAUCAUGGAGAGAAGGUACCCAGAAACAAUACUCGGGUCCAAUCAGACGAUGGAUACAAUAUUGCACUGGGAGGUGGGUCUGGAUAUAGUGUUUUAUGUACAACUAGAAGUGCUAUUGCUUCAGUUGUUUCAAUCAGUGGUUACAGUUCUCUUUCAGAGCAUCCAUUGAUAAGUCGUUUUAUAAAAGGAUCUCUUAGUCCUAACAAAGAUUUAUCCUUUAAGGAUAUUAACAUCAAGCUGGCUUGUCUCCUUACUAUUUUAGCAGGUCAAAGAGUUCACAGUGUCCAUAAUAUAUCUGUUCCGUAUAUAGAUUUGACAGACGAUGUGAUGCUAUGUCACUUACCUGGCUUGCUUAAAACAACACGGCCUAAAAAGACUGAUAGGACCCUGAUGUACAGGGCAUUCCCUUCUGACCCAGAUUUAUGCCCACUCCAAUGUACCAAAGCCUACCUGUCAAAAAGAGAACAAUUGAUAUCUAAGGAAAUUGCUCCGCUUUUUGUAACUUUUGGGAAACCUCAUCAUGCUGCCUCUAAGGAUACACUAUCAAGAUGGAUAAAAUCAGCUAUGACCUCAGCCGGUAUUGAUACCAGUGUUUUUUCCCCAGGCAGCUGUCGUUUAGCCUCUGGGAGUAAAGCAAAAAGUACCGGGGUACCUCUAGAUGUCAUUUUAAAGUAUGGUACUUGGAGUAGGGAUUCUACCUUUUAUCGUUAUUAUUGUAGAGAUGUUAUUGGUAGUGUGACAAGUCUUCAUGAUCUUGGUGCCUCGCUCUUGGACUCAGUUAUGGAAGCGACAAGUCAUGAAUCUUAG